AUGGCAACAGUAAGCCUCCCAAGAAUAACAAAGCUAAACGCUCUACCUUCCUCUGAAUUCUUUGAAACGGUCAAUGUACUAUUCGAGACUGCUCCUCCACUAGCCGGUGUGCUCUACGAUUCACGCCCGUAUUCCAGCUAUGAAGCUCUGAUUGAUCAGGCAGAGGCAUGCAUCAAGGGCAUGUCGAAAUCAGACCGAAUAGAGGUUAUCAAUGCACAUCCACGCAUCGGAGCUGCAAAAACAAGCUUAUCAGCUCUCUCAUACGCCGAACAGGGAUAUACAUCUGCACCUCAACCUUCCACAGCAUCAGUAAACACAAUGUCUGAAGAUGAGGCUGUGAACGCUGUGCUGGCCGAACUCAACACCACAUAUGAGCAACAGUUUGGAUUCAAGUUUGUGGUGUUUGUUGCCGGGAGACCUAGGAAGGAGAUUAUUCCUGUUAUUGAGGCUAGACUUAAUAAUCAGGCUGAUCAGGAGAUUGAGACCGGGUUGAGUGAGAUGAUGGCUAUUGCGAGGGAUCGGUUGAAGAAGCUUGCUCAAGAAUAA